CCGAGGGUGGGCGUUGACCUGUCCCCUCUCCCGCGCAGGCCGCGGCCCCUCCCGGCUAGCCGGCCCCAGCGCCCGGCAGCUCCUGGCGCGGCUGGACGCGCGCCCCCUGGCGGCGCGAGCUGCGGUCGACAUGGCGGCGCUGGUACGCAGGGCGGGCGCCACAUUGCGCCUGCGCCGGAAGGAGGUUGUUAGCGUGCUGGACUCUGCGGACAUAGAGGUCACAGAUAGUCGCCUGCCUCAUGCCACUAUUGUGGAUCACCGGCCCCAGCACCGUUGGUUAGAGACAUGUAAUGCGCCUCCCCAAGUGAUCCAGGGUAAGGCACGUAGUGCUCCGAAGCCAUCCCAGGCCUCUGGUCUUUUCUCUGUGGAGCUGGUCCGCGGUCACUCAGGCUUUGGCCUCACCUUAGGUGGGGGCCGGGAUGUUUCUGGGGACACUCCACUGGCCGUGCGCGGGCUGCUGAAGGAUGGUCCAGCACAGCGCUGUGGUCGUUUGGAGAUCGGGGACCUUGUGCUCCACAUCAACGGAGAGUCAACGCAGGGCCUCACCCAUGCCCAGGCCGUGGAGCGGAUCCGAGCUGGAGGCCCCCAGCUCCACCUGGUUCUUCGUCGGCUUCUGGAGACCCACCCUGAUCGCAGCCCAGAUCCUGGAGGGCCGGAGGUAACGGGGUGUAGCAGCAGCAGUACUUCCCUAGUUCAGCACCCUCCAUCCCGGACGAUGCUCAAGAAGACCCGGGGCAGCCCAGAGCCUAGUCCAGAGGCGGCCGCCGAUGGCCCCACGGUUUCUCCUCCUGAGCGCCGCACUGAGGAUCCCAACGACCAGAUCCCGGGUUUCCCGGGGCCCUGGCUAGUGCCCAGCGAGGAACGGCUCUCGCGGGCCCUAGGGGUCCGGGGGGCAGCGCAGCUCGCUCAGGAGAUGGCAGCCGGAAGGCGGAGGCACUGAGCCUACCUCUAACGGCGCGGGGCUCACUAGUUACCGCCCAACCUGGAUCCGGCGCGUGUGGCCGCCGGGCACUUGGCACUUCCCAGAGAGCUUCCACUUGGUCUGGUCUCCCCUCCCGCUGCGCAGUGGCUCUGCCCGCACUCCCCUUGCAGCGUCAGUGGUACGACCCUUCCAGCCCGGCUAGCCUGCGCUUCUGGUUCUGGGAGGGAGAGGUAAUAAAAUGGUUCGAUCUGGUCUUGACUUGCCAAGCGCUCGAGGCGGGGUGGGGCUGCCCAGGCCACUCUGUAAAGGAGCAGGUGGGGUUGAUCCUGCUUCAAGUAAUCGCUGAAGAGCUUCAUGCUGCUGCUUUCCUGCUUGCACAUGGAUCUUUGCUUCCGCUGGUCCUCAGCCUGGCGUGGUUUCUUUCUCUCUUCCCCGUCUCCUGCUCCUCUCCUUAUUCAUCAAUUUCACCUUUUUGGAGGUGUACAGGGUCUCACACAUAAAUUAUUGUGCAUGGCAUGGAGAAUGCAGAGGUGAGCCUGUCGUGGCGGGACUGCACCAAUGUAUCCACAGUCCUGUCUCGGAAUCAUCCAGACCCUCAACUGACGUCGGGAUAGCAAGGCUAGAAGCCUAGAAGCAGGGCGGCUUCCUUCGCCAGGGACCUCUGGUCUCCCACUUCCGGCCUAGUCUGCCAGCUUUUGCUGGCACGUAGGCUACCACUCUCCGGGCAUCGACUGGGGCCCUGGAUCCCCCUUUGGGGCGGAGCGGGGAAGGUGUGAGUCAGCGCCCCUGGGCGGGCCGGGCUAAAAAAGGCUGUUAGAACCUUUGGGCCGUGCCCCCAUUUUCCGUACAUGGUGAAGAACUGCAGCCGGGCUUGUGUGCACUGGCCACAUACUGGGCGUUCCCCGCACGGGAGAGGCCCAGAGUUUCCUUCACCCUGCGAACAGAGCCCCGCAGCCAGGGCUUAUAUGGCCAGCGGGACUCCAACCGGGGUAGCCGCGAGGAAGGCACUGGCAGAGGACAGAAAUGUCCAGUCACCUCCGCUGUCACCACAUCCUGAGCACUCGGCCCCAUCCCCCCCGCAGGAGGGAAGCUGUGGUCUGACGGAAUAGGCAACUUUCGCCCCUGUGGGGAGGGGACGGGGAAGGAAGAAAGAAUUUAAAGGAUCCGAGUGCGAGAGUUCAGGUGGCCUUGGAGAGGAAAGAGGAACGGCGAAGACAAGCUGCUAGAGCUGGGAGCUGGAGAGUGAAGAGGUGAACACUUGAGUGGUUAGAGCUGUAGAUAGACAUUGUGGGGAAGUGUGCCAGGGUGGCUUCCAGCUACCCCUGACUUAGAGCCUGGUGGAGAUGUGGUUCUUCAGAAGUCAGCAUAGGGCUCAAGAGCCCCAGUCCUAUAAAUACAGUCACACCCAAGAGACUAAUAAUAGUAACCCCAGCCACCAUGUAAUUAGUUUUAUCCCUGCUACUGGCUCUAUUGCAAUAUUUAUUUUCAUCUACAAUAGUUGCACAUCUACUCAACAAUCCGAAUAUGUCCAUUUCACAGAGGAGGAAAGUGAGGCCCAGGGAGUGCAGAUAGCUUGAGAGAGGAGGAUCAAAGCAAGAUUUAAUCAAGGCCUGAUUCCCAAGUCUGUCCUCUUAAUUUCACCUGCAUUGAAACCCAACUGUAUACAUUGCACUGUGCUAGGUACUGUGGAGAUGCUGGAGGAACAAGACAUACAAUUUGUCUUUGUGUAGCUGAUGUAUGUAAUGAGGGUAGACAGAUGUCAGACAAAAAAGACAAGAAAAUGAAUAAAUAAAAAACCAGGCCAGUUGUGGUGGCUCACACCUGUAAUCCCAGCACUUUGGGAGGCUAAGGCUGGUGGAUCACAAGGUCAAGAGUUCAA